AUGAUUUGGACUUUAUCAAAUUAUCUUACUAUGAAUCCAACCUUAUUAAACUCGAUUGCUACACAUUGGAAAACAGAUGAUCAACUUCUUGAUUUAAUAGUUUUGUUAAAAUCAUUAUUCGGAGCUGAUCCAGGACUUACAACAAGGCCAAAGGGAAAGCCUAUUUUUAAUAUUUUAUGGAAUAUUUUUAUCAAUUUAUUGGAUCAAAAGCAAACUCAUAAAAUUCAAAAUAACGCAUUGGAUUUACUCCCAGUGUUUAUAUGUCUAGAUGAUGAUUUCACUAUAAAAAUAAAAGAAAAAAUUAGUUUGUUUUUUGACUAUUAUUACUCAGAUCAAAGUAAAUAUUAUCUCAAGAAAGGUACAACAAGAUAUAAUGAGUUUAUAACUAUAUUAGAUAAACUCUUAGAGACCAUGACUACUUUUAAGUCUGUGGUUAUCUUUAAUUUGCUAUUGUCGACCUUUGCAAAAUUGGAAAACCAUACACAUGAAGAAGCUAUCAAACGUAGUCUUGAGAAAUUUUCAAAAACCUUAGGAAAGAAAAGCUUUUUGGAAGUCACUGGAUCCUGUUUGAGUAUCUUUAAGGAUGAAAAUUAUCUACUACAAUAUCGUCAAAGCCUUUUAGAUGUAGUUAUUAUAUUGCUUACAAAUUCGGAUGAAAACAAUUUAGUCUCAUUUUACGAGAGAAAUAUUAGCUUUAUUAUGGGCGUUGUACAGAAGAAAUUAACAGAUUGUAUCAAGGACCAGCCUAUUGAAUUAACUAUAAAAUCAUGUUAUAAAAAUAGGCCUAUUGAUAAGAUAUGGCUGGAUUCCGAAGAGAAUAUAGAGAAAAGGCACCUACAAUCUGAUAUCAUUUCUACAUUUACAUCUAUGUUACGAACCGCUUCACCAAGUUUAAACAUGGAAAAAAGCGAACAUUGGAAUGCGCAGUUAAAAUAUAAUCAGGCUGUAUUUAAUACGACAGCCGCAUUUGCAUUACUGUUAGCGGAUAAAGAGAAUUUUUAUAAUAGUUUCUUCUGCGAAGAAUCAAGAACUAAUAGCUAUAUAUGGCGUAAAAUUAUAGAUAUCACUCAGCCUUUAUCAUUGAAGUUGGAACUGGAUCAACCUCUUAUUAAAUCAAAGCUUGAAGGUAUAAAAUCCAUAAUGGGUUAUAAUGCAAACAACGAAGAACGUAAUAUAUCAUAUAUGUCAUCAAUUGCUCUUACUGGUAGUAGCUUAACACAAUCAUCAUUUUCAGAGAUGGUACUUGAAGAAAGUCAGCAUGACAAACAGGAGCAAAACGCAAAAGAUAAAUAUUUGAAUAGCUUGCACGAUGAGGAUACUCAAAUGGAAGAAACAUCAGAUAAAACUGAUUUUAACGAUAUGGAAUAUGAUGAAGAAUUUGAAGUUGAUAUAUUAAAUCAAAAUUCGGUUAUGAGAUCGCUAACAGAAGUUGUAAAAAAAUUAAAUAAUGAAGUGUGUUGUCCUAACAACUAUUCACCUGACACUAUGCCAACAUGGAUGAAAGGAUUAUUAGGUGCAUUUAAUAGUGAAAAAGGAUAUAGUGAGGACAAUGGAAUUAUUAUUCAAGCCUAUAUUGUAAAAUUAAUCACUAAUUUUCCACUGGCUUUUGAAAAAUAUGCUCGACAUUGGAUCGGACCUCUAAUGGAUUUCAUUAUUAAAGGAGAUAUGUUUGGGACACCUAUCAACUAUCUGAUCCAGGAUUUAUGUAUUAUAUUGAUUGUAUGGGGUAGAGAAUCUGAAAUUCCUUUAUCUACAUUAAGAGAGUGUCAUUUCUCAUUAUCACGAUUUUUAAAAUAUUUGAUAAAAAAUGCAUACCAUGAAUCACCUCGUAUUAUGAAAAGUAAUAUACAGAUAAUUAAAGGUAUAUUCGAAAAUUACGGCAAGUUUUGUGCAGUCCCAACGAGGGCUAUAUACGAACAAUUUCAUCAUAUCAAAGGAGAAGAAGCUAAAAAUAUUAUUGGGCUUCAAAUUACUGGUAUAAUAUAUGGCAAUGGUAUAGCUAUCUAUGAUCCUUAUGAUAGAGACCUUUUGGGUUUAUCAGAGCUUACGUUUUAUACGGAUAUGGCAAAAAAUAUAAAUUAUAAAGAUAGGAAAAGUAUGGAUAUUUCAUCCGAUGCUGCUGAGCUUAUGGGUUGGACACUAAAAAUUUUAAAAGAUAAAAACGACCCUUUGUCAGAUCAGUUGCAUUCGAUAUUCAAAAAAAUGCUUAUUGAUUUAGGCAAUUCAGGAAUCCAUUCAGCAAAACAUUUUCUGAAAUGUAUGAAUCGUAUAUAUCUCCAUGAUCUUGAACUAGGAAAAGAAUUACUGUCUACUGUUACUCAAAGAUUGAUUCAUUUUAAUGCAGAUGAGAAGGUUUUAGCUUUAAACUUUAUUAGUGUUUGUUGGAACAAUGAUGAUACAACUUACUAUUAUUUAAGACGUGCUGGUUUAUCGAGAAUGUUAACUAACAGAGAUGAGAAUCUUCAGUUAGCUUCUUUAAAGGCUUUAAACACCCUUUUUGACUCCGUAGACGGAGAAGAAUUAAAUUUGCAUCUUAAGCAACUUGAAAAAGUAUUUCCCAAUCACAAGAAUACUGAAUGCAGGUUUCUAUUUUUUGCUUUUUUGAAAAAAGCCUAUAAAAGUCGAAAAUUAAACAGAUCUCAGUUACAAACAGCAAAAGCUCGGAUCUAUAGAGGGCUAAUUGAUAAAGAUGAGAAAAUAGCAGCAGAUAUGUUUGACUUUAUUAAAUCAGAAUUUCAACUUGAUGAUGAUAUUCUAUCAACUUUAUUAAAAAUUACUAGCAAUAUGUAUUUAAAAGAAACAGAGGACAUAUAUCUAUUAUGUGCUACUCGAGUGAUUCUAAGCAAUACUAAGAAAACCUAUGAUUUCAAUCAACCUAUUUUUGAAAAUCCCUUAGAUACUAAAAACAAAUAUGAUGUAGGCUAUAAAAAAAUUGAUACUUCAUGGUAUAGCACUUCAUCAAUGACUCCUAUGUUUGUUUCCACCUCUUCUAAAACGCUGAAUGUAGAAGACUUGGAGUUCGAAUUGAGAAAAACGCAAAGCUUAUUUGAGUUCAGUGCUACACAGGGCAAUGGUCCAUCCUUGUUAGCCACUUACAAUCCUACGAGCCAAGGAAGUAUGAGCAAUGAAAGAUAUGACGAUAAAACUAUCGAUGAUGAAACACAUUUAGGAGAAAACAUUCAAAAUAGGGCUAUCAAAAAAGAAAAGCGUUAUUUUACGAAACGCUUCUUCGUUCAAUCAAAAAAUGCUAUCAGCCGCUUUCAUGCUGAUCGUAACGAGCAAUUACAAAAGAAAUUAAGACACUUGUUAAAUACAAGGAAAGAAGCUAUGGAAAAGAAAGUUACUUUAAGUAGAUCUUAUAGAGCUGGUGAAAUUCCUGAUGUCCAAAUUAGUCGAAAAGAAUUAUUACAACCGCUCGAAAUAUUAGCAACAGCAGAUUUUAAUAUUUCUCGUUUAUUAUAUAGUAGUCUAGCGAUUAGUAUAGUCAAUGAAUUUGAGCAAAUGGCGACUGAUGAUGAAAGCAAUAAUUACAAGCAAGCCUUUUUCAAAUCAAUAGAAACAAACUUGAAGAUAAGUCAAUCUUAUUUUACUCCCACAAUUGGUGCAUUUUUACGUAUCAUUUUUGAACUUAAUGCGCCUAUAAAUAAUAAUCUUCUCAGAGAAGUGAGUCAUAAAAGCUAUAAUCACCAUAUUGGUAUCGCAAUUCUUGAAAAACAGCUUGAUUAUGGAGAUUUUUAUGAACGACCUGCAAAGAGGACUAAUACAUUAACACCAACUAAAGAUAAAUGGAUUUAUCUUGCAUUAUUAUACCAAAAUAUUGAUGAACUAGAAAUUUUUGAAAAUAUAUAUUUAUCCAAUGUUUCAACUAAUGAGUUUGCAAAAAAUGGUAUCAAAUCACAAAUUAAAGGAGAUUAUGCUAUAGCCUUUAAUCAAUUUGAUUCAGCUGUUUCACAAUCAGGAGUGAAAGAAGAUAUUGAAUAUUAUUUAUGGCAGGAACAAAUGCUUUAUUGUCGAACACAACUAGGACAAUGGGAAUUUAUUGCUAGGGAUGUUAAAGACCAAAUACACAGUAACUGGAGCUCUUUAUGGGGAGAAAAUGAGGAUCCUUAUCUCGAAUAUUUCAUUAGAAGUGCAUCUAAACUUAAGGAAGGAUGGAUUUUAGAUGAUGUAAAUAUAGCAAGUCCUGAAUUAGUGAACUUGAAUAAGGACACUAUAAAUCCUGUCUAUAGCUUCUUGGAUAAUGCUUAUGAAAAUGAAAUACAUAAAGAAAAAAUUCUUGAUAGAUUUGCUUUUGAAUGGUCUAUUAUCGAGACAUUGCGUAAAAACUAUAAUAAAGGACGUUUAUUUAUUAACAAAGCAUAUAAUGCUAUGUUAUCGUCUUGGACAACAUUACAUCCUUUAGCUCACACAAGCCGUUUAGCUCGACUUGCUCACCUGCAGAAGGCUGUCGAACUAGAUGAUUAUCUAAAGCUUCAUAAAGAUUUUGAGGAUGGUGAAUUUAAUAAGGAUAAAAUUGAGUAUUUUAUAAAAACUCUUACUUCAAGAUAUCCCGAUAUUAAAACUGACCGUAUGGAUAUAUGGGAUGACAUUCUUCAGACUCGAUUUGAGUUUAUUGAUGAUUUAAACAAACAGGACUCAAUGAUUAUACACGAUAUGAAACCAUUCUUUUGUGAUGCAAAAAUUAAAUUUACAUCUGCUGUAGUAGAUGCAGCGCUUGAGCAGGGCAAUCUAACUGUUCUUUCCAAGCUAUUAAAGCUUUUAAAAGAAAUGAAUGCAACUUAUGAAGCUGAUAUUACUCUUAUUCGCUAUUAUCAAUAUGAAUGUCUUAAUAGACCACCGGAAGAAAAGAGUAGAUAUAUAGCGCGAGCAAUUAUAAAAUCAUUAACUUCAAAGCCGCCUACAAACUCUACCGAGCAUGAAAUUUAUAAAUGGGGAAUAAUUACAGCAAAUUCCUUUGAUAUAAAGAAUUUGGAGUCUUACAUCGAAAAUGCAGAAACCUUUGUGAACUAUCUUGAAAAGACAGGAUAUGAUAUUCUGGCUGAAGUAGGAAAGUUAAAUAUAACCAAGACAUCUGAACGAGCGGAAUAUUUAUGGAGGUUAGGAAAAUAUUGUGAUGAAUCGUUGCAUGUAUUACAAGAUGCUGUAUCUAUCCUUCAACCUGAAUUUAAUCCUCUAGAAUAUUGCAAAAUUGUCAUAAAAUCUUACUUUCAUGCAAUUGAAUGGGGUUAUAAAGACUCUAAUGACUAUUUCCCUCGUUUACUUGAACUGCUUGAAUUAUACCCCGAAUCAGGGCCAAUAUUCAAAACUUGUUCAUUAGAACUUAAUGCUUCUUGGAAAUAUAUAAGAUGGAUUCCACAAUUAAUAUCUUCAAUGGCUUCACCUAUUGCAACAUACACUAUGCCAAUUUUAGAAAGGAUUGCUAAAGAUUAUCCUAAAGCUUUGUAUUAUCCUUUCCAAAUGUCAUGUGAAUUUUAUGAAUUAAAGAAGGGUCAACUUUCGAAAGAAACUUGUGAAGUUAUAGAAAGAAUUAUGAAUUUAAUCCGUUCACCUAUCAUGGAGCGAUUUGCUAUUGAAUUAAAGCGAUUAAUUGAUCCAGAUCACAUUAUCAAAGAUUUUAUAGAAUACAUAAAGUCUAUUUUACUUGAAGAGGAUACUCCACAGAUUUUUAUUGAAUCUAAAUAUAAAGAAUUUUAUCAACUAGUAUUAAAUAACUACAGUGAAAGUUUAGGGACAAUUCCCAAGAGGAUAGCUGCAAGUCAUGCUCGUACAUUUAUCCGCUAUUUUGGUGAAAAUGGUAGCAAAAUUUCAAAGCUUACUAAAGAGCAAUUAGAAGAACUUGGCAAUUAUUAUAAAACCAAAAUUAGAGAAACAAUCCCGAAUGAUAAAAAUCGAUUAAGUCUAAAAUCCUACUCACCGUGGUUGAGUUCAUUUAAAAAUAUUGAACAUGAUGAUGAAUUGGAAAUACCUGGUCAAUAUCAUGGAUUAGCUAGACCUUAUCCUGAACUACAUUCCAAUAUAGCUUCUAUAGACGCUCGUAUUUUGAUGAUGGCUUCAAUGCGAAAGCCAAAAAGAAUUACUAUUUAUGGAACAGAUGAAAAAGAAUAUAAAUUUCUUGUCAAGGGCGGUGAAGACUUGCGCUUAGAUGAGCGUAUAGAGCAACUGUUUAAUAUAAUGAAUAGUAUAAUUAAAAGAAAUGCUUUUUGCUCCAGCCAAAACAUUCAAAUUAGCACAUAUAAGGUUAUUCCUAUGGCAUCUAAUCUUGGUUUGAUUGAAUGGGUGAGCCAUACUUUACCUUUACGGGCUUGUAUAGAAAAACAUAAAUCAAACUUACUUAUGCAAAAUGCUGCCCGAAAAUAUAGACGGUGGAUUAUUUCUAACCAUCAUCCAUUACGUCCAAAUGAGAACGAAUUUAGAGGAUAUUAUGCAGCAUUCGCACAGCCAAGGGAUAAGAUUGUAUAUCAUUUUGAAGCAAUUGCUAACUCAGUCCCAAAUACAAUGCUUAAAGAUUACUUAUUUCAGUUAGCCUCUUCUCCAGAAGCUUUCUUAUUUUUAAGGAAGGAUUUUGCUUAUAGUAUAGCAUGUAUUUCUAUCUAUGGUUAUAUUUUAGGUAUUGGUGACCGACACCUUGACAAUUUUUUAUUAGAUGAAAAGAGUGGACGUUUGAUUCCUAUUGAUUUUGGAUAUGCUUUUGGUGCAGCUUCGGAAUUAAUUCCAAUCCCUGAGAUUGUUCCAUUCAGACUUACACGUCAGUUGAUCGGAGUAUUAGACCCAUUAGGAAUAUCUGGCAUAUUGGAAGAUGCAAUGAUAAAUAUAUUAAGCGUUAUUCAAGCAGAAAAGGAAUUGUUAUUAAAUAUUAUGAGACAAGAAGAUGAUGAGUCACUCAAGGAGACAUCUUACUCAAUAGACAAAAAUAUCGAAUGGUAUCCACAAAAGAAAAUAGAUACCGCUAAAAGGAAAUUAAAUGGAGAAAAUCCUGCUAAUAUCAUUGUAUCUGAGCUUAUGAAUGGCCACUCAAAUGAACCAUGGAUAAACAAUAUUAAAAGUAUUGCAAAGGGUGUUCCUGGUGUAGAUAUACGAGCCAAUAUUGGAAAUAAAUGUAAAAAUGUGAAUGAACAAGUAAAAUGCCUUAUUAAUCUUGCUACCGAUUCUCGAGUUUUGGGUGUCAUGUACAGAGGGUGGCAGCCUUAUCUCUAAAAUAUUUUAUCAUAAAUAUAAAUAUAAAAAUAUAUACAUAUAUGAAUCAUUGAUAUAUAAUAAAUAUCACAUUAUUUGCCCUUA